CUGAAAAGAGUAGAUAGAUCUCAGCUACUGUGUGCCCAUGGCAUCCAUAUAUUGUUAUCAGCUUGUCUUCCUAAGUCAAGGUAAAUAUAUAUAUUAUUUUUUCUAAUUUUCGUCACCCCAUGACUUCAGGGUCUGUUUUUCCUUCAAGAUUCUGCUACAGCUGAUCAUCCGAGUGGCCUCCCCAGAAAUAGCCUGUCUUUGUGUUUCCUUUCCUGUAGUCUGGCAUGCGGUUCAUGGGGUCGCUGAUGCUGCGGAACAGGUUGUGGCAACGUGCGGUGAAGAUGUGUCGCUCCCUUGUAAAUAUUUUCAGGAUAUACAAGCCUCAAAAGGGGCAGUCUCCUGGUAUAAGGUAAGUACCUGUUACUUUCAUUCCCCUUUGAUUUCUCAUCUGUAUCUGCAUUUUAUUUAAUCCGUGUGGUUAAAAAACGUUGGUGGAGACAUUUGUAUGGAUGUUGUGAUAUGUGAAUCAGGUCUAUCGUGAACAUUAUUCAGCUGUUUCUUUGAAUUCGUGUGAGCUAACAAGGAAGAGUGUGAGGAGUGGGCAUGCAAUCACUGCACCAACAUCUCUGUUUAAGCUGGCUUGAUUUCAAACUACUGCAUUGAGAGGGAAGGUCUGAAGGGAUAUUUUCAGUAUGUUUGGCUGAGCGUGCUUAGAAUGCUUUUUCAGGGUUACCAGUUAUGAGAAUUCUUGGCAUGUCAACCCAAACACACACAGAAUCUCACUUCAGAUCUUCCUCCUCAAUGCGGGUAGGUUCAAGUCAUGUUGGUGUGCAUGGGGACAUUUGGAAUAACAACAACAACAACAACAACAACAUUUAUACCCUGCCCAUCUGGCUGGGUUCCCCCAGCCACUCUGGGCAGCUUCCAACAAAAGAUAAAAAAUAUGUUAAAACAUCAGUCAUUAAAAAACUUCCCUAAACAGGGCUGCCUUCAGAUGUCUUCUAAACAUCAGAUCGUUAUUUCUUUGACAUCUGAUGGGAGGGCGUUCCACUGGGCGGGUGCCACUACCGAGAAAGACCUCUGCCUGGUUCCCUGUAACUUUGCUUCUCACAGUGAGGGAACUGCCAGAAGGCCCUUGGAGCUACAUCGUAGUGUCUGUGCUGAACAAUGGGGGAGGAGACACUCCUUCAGGUAUACGUUGUCCCCGAAGGGGGCAAUGACAAUAAAGAUAUUAUUAUAUUAUUAUUAUUAUUAUUAUUACAGUCAUACCUCGGGUUGAAGUUGCUUCAGGUUGAGCGCUUUCAGGUUGCGCUCUGCAGAGACCCAGAAGUAACGGAACGCAUUACUUCUGGGUUUCGCCGCUCGCGCUUGCGAAGACGGUCAAAAUGAUGUCACGCACAUGCGCGGAAGCGAUGAAUCGUGACCCGCGCAUGCGCAGAUGCACAGACACCGGUUGCGUUCACUUCAGGAUGCGAACGGGGCUCUGGAACAGAUGCCGUUCAUAUCCAGAGGUACCACAUACUGGGCCAAGGCCAUUUAGGGCUUUAAAGGUCAGCACCAACACUUUGAAUUGUGCUCGGAAACGUACUGGGGUUGCAUGUGUGCUCCUACACCCUCCCCAAUUUUAGCACAAAUGUGUUUGCUCCAAGUGCCUGAAGAAGGUCAUGAAUAACAGCAAAAAUUAUUGUGGAGGUUGGAAAAUGUCUUGUUGCUAACUAUAGCAAUGAUUUCCCAGUUCACAUGUUGUCAGGGGCAGCCCAUCUCGUUUCACCACUUGAGGUAAAAUGGGAAGGUGCCACCUGCCACCCCCUCCCCCGAAUCCUGGCUUACCAGGGUUGGUUGACGGGGGCUGGUGGUGCGAUCUUACUGGAAGCUGCUGCCGCCACCACUUCCUGGGUGCAGUGGGUGUGGCACCCAUGAGGGUACCGCCCAAUGGGAUUCUGUUACUGAGACAGCUCCCUCCGUCUACCUCGUGUUCUCGUUUGAGAACAUAUGAGUACAGAGUGCUGUAAAAGAAAACAUUUAAUGUAAAUUGCUCUUGAGAUUCUAACAUUCUGGGCAGAGAAGGCCAAGUUCAAACAUGUUAAACCAUAUUUUAGCAUGAAAAAGCAGGAAUGACUCUUGGGAAGCCUUGGGCUCAUGCCCUCCCUCCACCCCUUCUCCUGUAUGGCCAAAAGAAUGUGACUGGAAAUUUUUGCUUCCGCUUUUGCUUAACUCUGGGUAGUAGUGCCUUCCAGACCACAGUUACCACAGCGCCUUCAAACCACAGUUACCAAAGCUGGUUCCCUUUAAGUUCCCUUUAAGUUCCACCACAGUUAUGGGCCUGGAUGUAAUGGUGAACUGUGCUUAAGUGAAAUGGAAGCUGAAGCUUUCGAAUUUCUGGCUGUGCCAGAGAGGAAAGGAAUGGGCAGGGCAGGGCAGGGCAUGAGCCCUAGAUUCACUGUGGCUUAUUUCUGCUCAUCUGUAUACAACUUAACUACGGCGCUUAACUAUAGUUUAGCAUAACAUGCAAAACCAGCCCACAUGUCAUUUCUACAUUUUGUAGUGUGCUGUAAUACAGUAGCCACCAAUUAAAUCUUAAACAAUUAAUAGCAGUUGUAGAAGUUCAGAAUCAUUCAAGUUUCAGUGCUCUGCAAUGCCUCUUCCUUUCUUUUGCAUAACUGACAUUUAUUAUUAUCACUGACAACAUUUCGGACGAGCAGUGUGAAGAUGACAGAGCACAGCUAGGCAACCCAAUUGUAGAAUUAAUCACUUAAAAAAAAAAUCUAUUGAGGGCCUAAUCAAUAAACAGUAUAUAAAGCCCUCAUGGGGCCAAUUAAACAGUAAUUCCAACAAAUGGUAUGACAUUUUGGAAUGUAAAGUUCAAACAGCUCUCAGGUUAGAUCUUUAGUACAGGGUCAUGUUGAACUGUGUAGUAAAUGCAAACAAUUAACCUCUGACUUCUGCUGCCCCAAAAAUUAUGAUGAGGAUAAGGAUGUGACUGUGCAGUGUGCAUUGCUGUUUUUGUGAAGAAUUAAUGAUCAGAUUAUACAGCCAACAGGGGGUGAUAAGCAUCUUCAGGUCAUCUUCCCACCCCCACCAGCUACUGAAAUCAGGAUUUCAAUUCUUGUCUUGAAACUAAAUUGAAAAAUAAUAACGAGAUGCAAAGGAACGUAAAUUCUACCAUGUCUCUCUCAUGUAUAGUAAAUCAGAAUUGUGCAUGCAACUGUAUCUAUGAAGGGCUUAGAAAAAGACAGUAUAUAACUAUUUGUUUCACUUCACAUUCUCAUGCAACUCAUCCAGGGUACAUUCAUACUUACAGUUCAUUAUUAGCAUAAAAAACCCCCUAAAACCCCACAUUCUGCAGCCAAAUGAUCUGAAAUUCUGCACUGAAAUCCUGUUAUGUAAAUAAAAACAUUGCAAAAGCACAAGUCUAGGCAAUUUUUAUGUUGGCUUUGAAGAAAGGCAGUGUUUCGUUGUCAUGCAAUAAGGCUAUUUGAAAUUCAGUGUAUAUAUUCAUUGAAUUUGCUAUCAAAUGGCUUGGCUUUUUUUUUUUUUUUUUUAACUUUCCAGCCCAUUUCCCCAACUAUAACAAAGUAAAGUGUGCACUCAUCCAUUACAUUGUGUUAGAAUGGAGACUAGUAUGUAGAAAUUCAUUCACUGCAUGCCAUUUCUUGUCAGCAGCAUUUUUAUUCUGUGUCACUAUUGCCAUGCAUUUAUUCUCAGUGCGGUUGUUUCAGCUGAUGCCUAGAGGCUCAUUCCACUUGGAAGUUGAGCUAUGUUUUCAGCCUUUGCUGGGCUAUAACUCAAAGCAGCAUUUUGAAACUGCUUCCCCUAUUUUCCCCCCUUAAAUGAUCCAUUUAGGACACAACCCCCAGAGAUCCUGCCUCUAACUUUUGCAGCAUACAAAAUUUACUGGGGGAGGUUUUGUAAAAAAAUUGUAUGUUCUUCAUUAUUGAUUUGUGGGUGCCAUUCCUAUUUUAUAUAGGCAAAGGGUUAUCUGGGAUUUCUUCCCCGACCACUAGAAAUAUUUCUGGACUGAUCUAUGCCUACAACUGAGGGAGGGGUAGUUGGCUCUUUAGUUAGUAAUGUUGUGUAACGUACAGUGACUGAGUAUGAAACGAGAGUGUCUGAUAGGGAGGUGUGUUGCCAUGGCCCUAAUCUCCAGGCAGUGGCAUCAGUGUCAUGGGCCAGGACAGUGUAAGGGCAGGGCAUGGUGAGGUCAGGUUGGGGUGGUCAAUUUAGUGCUGCCGCUGAUGUGCCGGAAGCAUCCCACCUGAACUGCCACACCUUUCCUGCACCUUUCUAGUCUGUGGCAGUGACAUCGCUGCCAGGAAGCCAGGUCUGCAGCAGUGCCCCUCCCUGCCAGCUGCUCCUGGCAUGGAGACACUGCAUUUCAUGCCAAGUUUAGCUUUUAAUUAUUAUUUUUAAAACCCAUGGUUGACUACAGUUUGCAUUGUUCAAAAAGUAAUAAAAACAACAACAACACCACCUCUCGAUCCAGAAGCAGCUUGGUUUAAUUCUCCUAAGAAAUUUUAGGAUUUUAGUGUUGCGGUUCAUUUACAAGCAAUUAAUUAAAGAAUUUCCCUGCUAAACCCAAGUGAAGAUGAAUCUUUCUAUCAAAUCAGCAAUUUGCCACUAGAGGUCUCCACAGGCAAAAUGUUAUUUCUCACGUGCUCACGAAGGAAUUAGUGAUGGGCAAACUAAUUCCAUUAGAAAUUGUCAUUAGCCAAGUUAUGAAUCUCAUGUUACAAACUUAGAUGAAAGCUAUCCUUUAUUUUGAGAUUUUGAAAUAUCCAUCAUGUUGGUAUUUUUUUGCGUGCACAUUACCAAAUAUAUAUAUAUAAAAGCUCAUGCAUCACAACAUUAUGUGUCACUAUGCAUCCUUGCAUGGUGGCUGUUUUCAUAUGUGCUUUGUUUACUACAGUGGUACUUUGGUUCUCAAACCUAAUCCGUUCCAGGAGUCCGUUCGGCUCCCGAAAUUGUUCUAAAACCAAGGUGCAGAUUCCGAUUGGCUGCAGGAGGUUCCUGCACUCAAGCAGAAGCCGCGUCAGACAUUCAGCUUCCGAAAAACGUUCACAAACCAGAACACUUACUUUUGGGUUUGCAGCGUUCAGGAGCCAAAACGUAUGAGUACCAAGGCAUUUGAGAACCAAGGUACGACUGUGUAGUCAAACACCAUGAAGGCAGAGAGAAGUUGAGAUACAAGCUGAACAAGCAUCAGAAUGAGCAGAAGCAUCAACAGACGCAAUGCCUAUUUGUUACAGCAGGACUCCUGUUUGUUGGCAUCAAUCUGUCUCAAGAGACACUGGAGUGCGCCUCCAGGGGUGAAGUCAAUCUGCUGUGUUUGCAGCACCAAAGUCACUUCGCUAGGGCGCAAGCCUGGGCAGUGUGAAUGGAGGUCCUGGGCUGCCCAGAAUACAAGACCCCCUCUCAGCCUCGCUGAUGUGCUCCAAAGGAAAGCAGAGCAAUAUGUUUGGCACCAGCUUGGCUGCAGAAAUUGCAGGAAGGAGGUGUGAAAGGCACUAUCCAACCAUCUUAGGGACUCUGCUCCUGAUUUGUGUAAUGUUUACUCGUUUGCCAUUUCUUCUCCCGAAGAUAUUCCGCAAGGCAGUGGAAGUUUAGGACCAGAGCUUUCCUUCUCUUAGAUGGGAUACCUUCCCAGAUUGAUGAGCCCCAUCUGCCCCGGAAGGGGUAGUACCUGUGGUGGGGGGCACGCUGUGCUCCUUCUGGGGUAGUUGUCCACCUGGGGUCUGUACCCUACACUAAGCUCUUACCUGUGACUUCCUAGAAGUUGCCAGGAUGCGACAAUGAGCACACCCUGGAAACGGAAGACUCCUGCUGCUGUUCCUAUAAACCAGAGGUUGCUGGACUACAAGUCCCAUCAUACCUUACCAUUAGCCAUGCAGGCUGGGGGCUGAUGGGAGUCAAUCAACCUUCUGGAGGGCACCAUUUUGGCUUCCCUGCUUUCUACAUGCUUUAAGCAGAAACAUUCCAUGUGCAAUGGGACUUUUUCAAUUCUUUGGAAAGGAAAGGGUUACAGUAGCCAACGUCUGAGAAUGCACAGAAACUGGCAGAAUUUGAAUGCUUAAUCAUGCUGGCUGCACAGGCAAAUAAAACAUAAAUUUAACUUGAAAUCAAUCUUGGUUUGAAUUAUGAAGAUACUAGAUUUCACUGAAACAAAGCCAGGGCUUUUUAUACAGUUGGGAAGUAUGACUCUUGCAGGUUUGAAUUAUGAACAAACUAAUUUUGAGUUUUGGCAUUCACGAGAAGUUGUGUGUAUAGCAAAGAAGAACAUUGUGAUUGAAAUGUAUUGUUAUUCAAAAGGGCAGUAAGAGAGCUUAUACAAACUGUAAAACAUUUGCAAGAAAUCAGAAUGAGAACAUUUAGACAGACAUUUCAGCAUUUAAAUGUAUAAUGCAUUUCUUCAAUAAAUUAGGGUGUAUUGGGGAUGAGUUUCCUGCCCCCUUUAGUCUAGAUGUAUCAUCUACUUGAACAGUUCAUACUGAUAAGUGGAAAUAAAUGAUCACUUCCCAUCUUCUUUCCUCAACAAAAUUAAUAUGAGCAGUUCUCUUAGACUGCUAUACACCCAGUCAUCUCAUGGGAGCUAAGCAGUAGGCAUCUUCAUCAUGGACAAGUAAACUUGCCCACUGGGCAAAUGAGGUUUGUCUCAGCACCACUAUGCUCAGAAAUUUGAUCACCAGUGUUUCUUAGCUUUCUGCUAUUUCCAGUUGCGUGCUCCCAUUCUACAGGAGUAUUAGGUUGCUAGGCAACUGUAGGAGAAAUUCCCUAACACCUAGAAGGAGGAGAGCAGGAACUCUCAUAUGCUCCUAGUAAGUCCCAAGGGAGUCACUACUCCAUGGCUUCCAAGUCUCUUUCCCAAUGCCAAAUGGGCACUUGCCCUUAGAGAUUCCUUGCAUGACCCUUUCCUGCAAGCUCUUGUUUUCUGAUGGGAGGAGCACGUGGAGGAAGGGAUGGGGUGCAAUUCUUUUGCUCUCCUAUUAGUCCCAUAGUUGUCAGUGGAAAUAAAAGAAGCACCAGUUUGUCACUGCUCUGCUCCUUCCAGGAAAUAAAAUGGACCUCUCCCUUUAAAAAAGUGAUUCUGUCCUUCAGUUGCUCAUGUUCUUCAACAGAACUGACCCUAUAAAGCAGAACCAUAAAAGUGUGACAUACUGCUACCCUGUAUUUGCUUAGGACUGGUGUAUAUGUACAUUCUGGUUGGUUGGCAGCAUACUACCCACUCAUAUGUUGUUGUUUUGCAGACUGAUGAAAUUGGUGAAGAAUGGACAGAUCUGCAAUAUAAUACAGAACAUGAAUAUUCAAGAGAUCUUAACGACUCCUCAGAGGUCUCUAAUAGCACCUGGCAUUAUCUGAAGAUUAAAAAUACUACAAGUCUUAGCAGUGGGACAUAUGCAUGCAUCAUAAGAUCACCAGUCAAAAAAGUUAACCAAACUAGUACAGUUACAUUAAAAGUAACAGGUACAGUAUGAUGGACUGUUUUUUUUAACUUCUAUUGCACACAAAUCACUCAAGGUUCCAUAAAUUAACUAUCUAUUUUGCCUUCCAGACUGUCCUGAAGAUGCAAAAUUUCAAAAAUACAGAACAGAACUUGUGAUGUUGUGCUCUCUUGGGUUUUUCUACUUGCUGCUCAUCUUCUUUGCUUGUGUAAGUACUUUCAGAUUGUUUCCAACAUCCCCAUUGGGCCCCAUUUCAGAUGCAGUCAUCAGCGUUGUCACGAGGGGAAGUGUGAGUGGGACUGUGUCAUAAGAGCUUUGUGGUUUGCGUGCUGCAGUUUAGGGCUGCCCUGCAACAUGCACAGGCCAUGCUCUCCCACACACCCAACUCAUAACAGUUUUAUUCUUACUUGAUGGGAAAAUACAAGUACAAAUAUUAUCAUUGUGAAUGCUUUGUGGAUUAUGGCUGUAAUAGUGUCACAGGCACCUGCUGGAUGGGGGCCAGUGUGUCACUGUGGCAACUAACACAGGUUCAUCCUCUAACAUCAAGUCAGGACAGAUGUGCAGCUAGAGAGUAAAGAGAAGGUACAAGGCUGAUGACUUGGAGCUAGACGAACAGUCAGUCAGUCAGUCCAGUAGGGAGAGGCUGUCUGAGCUGCUACCUUUACUCUGACAGAGAGGAACUAGACCAAUCAGCAGCUCUGUAGGGUCAACCAGGAUACGAUUGGUUCCCUGUAUCACCUGAUGCCCUGGUUCCAUACCCCUUGUUGCAUUAUAUUCUGUUUAUAUUGGUAGAUAAUAUUACACAAAAGAGAAAUGACGAAGACAGUAUCUUACUAUCCUGGAACUACAGCUUUUCAGAACUCCACUUAUAACCUAUUAUUCAUUUAUAAAUUGAUGAUUUGUUACCUCUAAGCAGGGGCUCUCUACUAGUCAAAAAUAAACUUGCUGUAAGGUUCAUUAGAAAACAGUAAUUUAUACUGUAUACAAUACUUUUUCAUUAUCAUGACCCCAUUUUGAAGCCCUGGAGGGCUAAUGCCAGUCACUUUAGACAAUACUGAGUUAAAUGGACCAAUGGUUUGACUCAGAAUAAGGUGGCUUCCUAUGUUCACUGACAUAAAUGUUUUCUGGUGACUGUGGUGAGAAGAUAAUAUAGUUUGGCUAAAAGAUGCCUUUCAUACACAUUUGGAGGAACAGCUGAAGUUGUUUUUGCUUUGUUUUGGAUACUCACAAGACUUUGGAAGUAAUUUGUGCUGAGGUUGACUUGAUAAAUCUUGAAGGAAGUUGCUAAAUUGAAAACAGAGGAAGAAGCAGAAGAUUGAUCUCUUUGGCUCUCUAUUGUGAAAAUUGCUAAAAUCAAUAACAAGGCCUUGUUGUUUCUCCACAUAUAAAAAUUAUAAAUUCGAUUUGCUGUUGAAGCUUUGUGGGUAUUUUGGUGUGCUGUUUUUUAAGCAGAACCUUAUGCUGCAGAUGACCAUCUCAAUGAAGAAAUUAAUGUGACAUAUUCCCUGCAUGGGAAUAGAGGCUCACACACACUAAAUCAGUUUUCAUUAAUGUUUAAUAUUGCCUAAAUCUCAAAAAGGAAAUGUUUUACUGUUUAAUAUACCCAUUGCUAUUUCUGUCUGUUGACCUUCCGAUGAAUUUAAAGGUACACGUGUUUAUGGCGUAAGUUGGAACUAGAUAUUGAUACUGUUUCAUAACUGAAGCAAGACUUUGAAUCUCAUAAUGGUAUAUCUGCAGUCACAUUUCAGACACCCCUGUUGAAGGGGUUGCAAUAUAUUUCAAAUAAAAAAGAGGUAAGUGUUUGGGACAACUGGAAAAAUAAAGGAAUGAGAAUCAAAAAGCGAGAAUCUGAUAAGGUUUAUCAGUUUAUGAAUAGUGUGAAGGGCAAAGACGAAUCGCUUUAUCCAACUCAGAUCACUCAUUACAACUGACUGACAGGACAAAGAAGAGGAAGUAUGUGUUUAUACAACACAUAAUUCGCUUUUGGAAUUCGCUACCAUAACAGAUCACACUUCCACUCUUGAAGACUACUGUUCAGUGAAAAUGAAAUGAAACUGUUUUUAAAAAAAUGCAAGUUUCAAUGGGGGGAAAUGAAUGAAAAGGUAUUCUGGGAUUUUAUUGCUAGAUUCUUAACACUGUAAGACUAUAGUUAAAUAUGCAUUUUCCCUACAAUUCUUAUAAAUGCUCAUUUCAGCAAUUCUUUCUUUCCUAGAUAUGCCUAAAGAAGGAUGGAUCUUCAGGUUAUCAAAAGGCCAGAGAAAAACAAAUAAACAGUUGUUACCUCGUCAGUACCUGUUGAAAGGAUGGCUUCCAGUGCCCAAUAUAGAGCAGCACCUGCAAAGAGAAACUUCUUCAAGGUUCUGUCCUGGCUGAUUUUGUUGAGCGCACUGGGGGUUCGUCUACAGUCAUUACUGCAAGACUAUUGGGUGGUAUGGACAUUUAAUGCACUGUUUCACCAGAGUAUUCUGAAUGUUUUUAAAUUGCUCACUCCAGCUGGGGAAGUUUUCAGAGAACAUAGUUUCAUUCACUACAAUAUGAACUUUUAGCAUCAGCCAUACCAUUGUCACGGAAGAUUAUAAGCCUAAUAUUGGCAUCCUGUCUUGUUUAUGUAUCUUAAUCUCUUUUGAGUCUUUGUUCUUAAUAUGCAAAAAUGUGCUAUGGACUAGGCUUGGCCCCUUAACCUGGCACAUAAAUUAUUGAUUGAACCAGCUCUUUCAAUAGCCACAGCUAUUGCAAUAUAUAUUUUAAGAGAAUAAUGCGUCUUCAAGUGAUCGAACAGUCAAAUGAGAGGAAACAUCACUGGAACCUCUGUCUCAAAUGUAGAGCUGAUAGUCUGCGUUUACAUGUGUAUCUACUGAAAAUUAUAGAGUGCACAGAAAUGAUUUCUUAGACGGAUCUUCAUUUAAAGAGAAGGUAUCUGAGUAUUACUAUUUUUAUUUUAUUUAUUACAUUUGCAUACUGCCCUUCAUCUGAAGACCACAGGGUGGUUCAGAACAUUAAAAAAACCCAAAAUACACAAUAAAACAAAAGCAAACCAAUAACCCCCCUACCACAAACACAUUUAAAAGGCAACAGAACAUUAAUCAGGCAGAGGCCUGGUUAUAGAGGAAUGUUUUCACCUAAAGAUAUGUAAUGAAGGCACCAGGAGAGCCUCCCUGGGGAGAGCAUUCCACAAACAGGGAGCCACUACAGAAAAGGCCUUUUCUUGUGUUGCCACCCUCCAGACCUCUUGUGGAGGAGGAAUAUGAAGAAGGGUCUCGGGUGAUGAUUGUAGGGUCCAUGUCGGUUCAUAUGGGGAGAGGCAGUCCUUGAGACAUUGUGGUCCUGAGCCGUUUAAGGCUUUAUAGGUCCAAACCAGCACUUUGAACCGGGCCUGGAAACUAACUGGCAGCCGGUGUAGUCAGGCCAGGAUCAGUGUAAUAUACUCAAAUUGUCUUGCCCUGGCCACUAAAUUCUGCAGCAGCUGAAACUUCCAAACUAUCUUCAAAGGCAACUGCACAUAGAGUUGCAGUAAACUGACCUAGAAGUUAGAAAAGCAUAGGCAACAGAAAUUAGACUACCCUGUCCAAAUAGGGAUACAGCUGGGCCACCAGCCGAACCUGAUGGAAGGCAGUCCACGCCACCGAGGCCACCUGAGCCUCAAGCAACAGCAAAGGAUUCAGGAGUACUGCUAAACUAUUCACCCCACUGGGGACACCUCUACAUAAUGAAGAGAGUGUAGCUUUCAAAUAGCCACGCACCACUCCCAUUUUUUUUAAAAAAAUAUAUAUUCUGGAUCUCUCAUUCAUGCAUCUGAAGAGUUAUUUAGUCCACACAUUUACUGUUGUGAGCAUGACAGAACGGAAAGCAUUAAAAUGUUGUGCCUAUUUGAUUGAAGGUUUACAUCUUCACCAACUGGGAGCAGUAUUAGAAUUUUGUAAAAAUCCCCUGGUACUUAAACAAUUCCCUCCAGAAAUCCUGUCUUUUUAGAAACUCUGAAAAUAUCUGCUUAUUCAAUCCAUCACUGUAAACAGCAGAUGAUUUUCUUCUUUCCAUUUCCAAAGAUCAUAUGGAAGCAAUUGCAAGAAUGUAAAUGUGAACAACAAGGGACAAAGCAGAAUUUCAAAUAUGCCCUAUUGAUCAUUUGGAGAGACCAUGUUUCAGAAAUGCAACUCAUAAUAGAUGUUGCUAGGGAAAAAAUGUGUAAGCUGCAAUGGGAACUUGUUGAAGGGUGGGGUAUAAAUCUCUGAACUUAACAAAAAUAAUCAUAUGGUGGCUCCAGUCCUUCCUGGAGGAUCAAUCCAAGAAGGUGGUGAUGGGGAAGUUCUGUUAUGCUCCAUGGUUACUGGCUUAUUGGGGAAUAAUUCUUUUUAACAUCUGUAAAACUGCAGAGGGAGAUCAUCUGGAAGACUGGGCUAUGAUAACACUAAUAUGGGGAUCACAUUUGGUUCUACCUCUCUUUUCCAUCUGCAAAAGGCAGGAGGCUGUGGGACUUUUGAACUGGUUUUAGGGUGGAUAAGGGUGAGCAAGCUGAAACCAAUCAGAUAAAGCCAUGGACUGGGAAAUCAGCCCAAGUGGAUAGAGGUGUGCACUUGAUCAUGGAUGAGGCUGUACUGUUUCUAUUCCAAGCUCACAGCUUUGUGGUUCUCCAGGAGAGCACAGUCUAUGGAAGUGCAGGUGGCAUUGAAGGCUAGCAGUGCUGUCUAUCAACUUAGGCGGCUACUCCACCCGUCAGACCUAGCCAUGCGCUUGUUACAUCUAGGCUAGACUACUGUGAUGCUCUCUGUGUGCGGCUGCCUUUGAAGAUGGUUUGGAAACUUAAGUGGGUAUAAAGAAAUUUAGUUGGUGGGGUGGCAGCCAAUCAGUUAUGGAAUUCACUCCUCACUGAACUACACCUGGCCUCUUCUGUGCAAGGCUCUAACGGAACUUUAAAAAGCUCAAGUAUCCUAGCUAGGUUUCCCAUACCUGGGCCCAACUUUCUUGCCACUGUGCCACCUGUUCUCCACUGAAAAAGUGUUUCCUCCAAAAGGUCACCAGAGUUCUGUUACAACUAAACAUUCCAGGUGAUGUGUGUGUAUGCUCCAACUAACUACCGCGUUCCCGUCAUUCAUUGGAGCUGCGAUAAGCAUUAUCCGCAUGUCUAAUUCUGCAUUAUGAAAAAAGCUUCUAAAAUAUGAGACAAUCCUUAAAACACGCAACAUCUGGCAAACUGUGCGCUAGCUAGGAAUUGAGGAAUUUGACCUUUAAUAUGUUUUUCAUGUAUGAGUAUCCCUAAGGUUUAUACUGAACUAUAUAGAUUAUAUAUUAAAGAUUUGAAACCUCUUG